CUAGAUCAGUUAUGUCUUUAAGAUCAUAAUGAAUAAGAGAGAGGAGAGCUGGUCUAGGAUCAGUUAUGUCUUUAAGAUCAUAAUGAAUAAGAGAGGGGGGAGCUGGUCUAGGAUCAGUUAUGUCUUUAAGAUCAUAAUGAAUAAGAGGGGGGAGCUGGUCUAGGAUCAGUUAUGUCUUUAAGAUCAUAAUGAAUAAGAGGGGAGAGCUGAUCCUAGAUCAGCAGUCUGACACGCUCUCUGAAUAAUACCGGCCAUAGGCUCUGAUUACCAGCUUCCUGUUGAUGCAGUGCAGAGACCAUGGAGCAGACUAUUUGUUCACAACACAGAGAGAGAGACGAGACACACUGAAGAGAUCUGGGAGACAAGAGGUCUCCAACUGAUUGGCUAAGAACUAUAAUCAAUUUAAUAAUUGAUUGUCUCUGAUAUGCACUAGCGAGGACAGCACACAUUCCACCGAGAGACCCGGGUGCUGCUGAUCGACAUCGAUAACCGGCAUCAAACUCUGGUGUGUUCGUUAGGAACCAAACGAAACAAAACAGGGAGGGACCUACCUGAAUUUGUCUGAAAGUAAUUGGUUUUCAUCAUAAAAUGUUCUGAAUUCUGAAUGUUUUUGCUACGGUGUGUGACUAAUGAAUACACCCCUUGAACUCGUGCGACUGAUGUUAUCUAUGUAAAGAGUUCUCCGGCUCUAUUCACUCUGGUCAACCUCCUUGAUUGGAUUUACAAAUAACUCUGUGAGGACUUGUUACCACUCCGCCUGUCUGCUAAAAGAUAUUCUCCUGCUGAGAAGACUAAACCUCAUAGAGGUUGAGAAAAAAAAAAACGAGCCUGAUAUCCUCUCCUCGUCUCCUUGGACACCUAACGAUAACAAGCCUGAUAUCCUCUCCUCGUCUCCUUGGACACCUAACGAUAACAAGCCUGAUAUCCUCUCCUCCUCUCCUCGUCUCCUCGGACACCAACAACAGUGAAAGUCAAGUCUAGUUGAUUGUCGUUCCUGUAUCCUAAACAUGUCUCCAUCGAAGUCUGUGGAGGCUCCUCUCUCCAGUGGGCAGUCUGCGUCUGGUCAGUCUGUGCCUGCUCCUCUGUCCAUCUCCUUCUCUGGAUCGGGGUUCCUGGCUACGUACCAGUUGGGUGUGGCCCAGAGCAUGCUGGACCGGUCCCCCUGGGUGCUGCAAGCAGCCCCUAAGGUCAUGGGGGCCUCAGCCGGGUCCCUGGUGGCUGCUGCCGUAGUCUGUGGAUCCAGUCUGGACGCGGUGCGUGAUGAGAUGCUGCGGUUUGCCCGUCAGAUGAAGGGCCACUUCCUGGGGCCGCUACACCCUGCGAGGAACGUGUCUGUGUGGAUAGAACGUAUGGUGCGCCUCUUGCUCCCGGCCGACGCCCACAUCAGGGCCAGCGGACGCCUGGCCGUCGCCAUGACGCGCAUCCCAGAUGGACAGAACAUCUUGGUGUCAAAGUUCACGUCCAGAGAGGACGUGGUGCAGGCGCUGUUGUGCGGUUGCUUUCUGCCUGGGUACUGUGGUAUACAGCCACCAAGUUACAAAGGAGUGCAUUACGUAGACGGUGGAUUCUCCAGUAUGCAGCCGACCAACUCCUGCCCAAUUGGCCACACCCUCACUGUGUCUCCGUUCGCUGGUGAGACGGACAUCUGCCCUAAAGACCCCGCCCCACUCUGUGACAUCGUGGUGAGAGGAGCGCACCUCCACUGCAGUGUUGUCAACGGUUACCGGAUGCUAAACGCCAUCUACCCCUACAACUGGGAGGCUAUGGAAAAGGCCUACCACAGUGGAUACAGAGACGGCCUUCACUUCCUACAAACCAGUGACCUGGUCCCAUGUCUGCCUCUUCUUAGCACCCCAUCAGAGCCUCACUUCUCACCUCCUCCUGAUGGAUGGACAGAUCUGGAGACAGACCUGGAGGAGGAGGAGGAGGAGGAGGAGGAGGAGGAGAAAGAAGAGGAGGAACAGAUAGAGAGGAGGAAGAUGAAGAGAUGGGAGCAAAAGGAGGAUGAGAUAGAGGAGUAUGAUGAGGAAGAGGAUGAGAUGAAUGUGUGGUCCUCUCUGACAGAGACCAGUCAGAGAAACGGUUAUCUUGAAGGGGGAGAUCUACCUUGGCAUCUGACAAGCCUGGAGCACGCCAUGUACCUAGCCCUGCCCACCUGGAUAAACACAGCGUUGCUAUGCAACAUCACAGGGUUGCUGUGGACUCACCCCCUACUCCGUGUGAUGUCAUACCUGCUCCUCCCCUUCAUGGUGCUACUCAGCUUCCUGAUUGAAAAAACACACAGGAUGGGAGUUUUAGGGUUCUGGCUGUGGCAGGAUCUACGCCAGAUCACCUUCUAUAUCACGGACAUCUUCGUCUCCAACCUCCGCAGAAACCUACAGGACAGGGUACUACCUCCUCUCUUCCUGCCCACGAUGACAGAGGUGCGGGCGGAGUACGAGGGUCUGGGAGAGACCCCCCAAGAACAGACGUGUUCCACCCUCCGCCUCUCCUCUUUCUCAUCCCCCUCUCCGUCCUCUCCUCCCUCACCAGACUCCAACCAGUACACAAUCUUACUCCGCUUGGAUCUGGAGCGAGGGGAUGUAGAGAGGGAGGGAGAGGAGGAUGUGGAGACAACCCCCACCAUACCUCUCUAUCCUGGGCUGAAAGAGGGGAGGAUGAAGAGAGAGAGACCUUUGUUGACCCCCCUGGCACCCCAUCCUAAUAAAGCAGACCUUGCUUGACC